CAACUCAGACGUGCAACAACAUCAUGUGUGCCACUGCGGAGCAUGCAGCACAGCACUAACCGCAUGGCAAAAUGCGCAACUGACCAAAACGAAAUUAGUGUUCAGCUCCUCUCUGGCUCUGCAGAAGUCUCGAAAUAGCACACAAAGAUACGGAAAUUACGAUCAUCUUCCUUGUGGAUAAAGGACGAACGAAACCUAUUCUGGAAAACGUAAGUCUAGUCAGUGAGCCACGACCGUGGUCCUCAGUCUCACUUGGGAAAUAGCUGCCAGUAAUAGACUUCAACAUCUUCAGCUCCUUUUUUGCGUCAUGGACCACAUGUAUUUUUUCAAUCGGUAGCGGCGAGUAUUUUCAUCUCUACUUUUACGAAAUCAAAUGGGUUUUCUAGCACAUGAAUAGAUGCUUCUGAAAGUCCUAAGUUUAUGAUCCGGAUAGCACGUUCUUAAGUCGGUGACCGCAGUAGCUCUGGCGAGCUUCAGGCAUCGACCCGGCGACCAAACCUCGGCGUGCAUGGCUGGCCGGACCAACAUGCCGGAUCUCGAUUUGUUUGGCCCCACGCCAAACGGCGUCUCCUCGGGCGCCUCCAAGGACGUCCUAGGUUUCGAUGCGCCGGCGGCGGCUCCCCGAACUUCCUCGUCGUCUUCCUCGACGGAAGCUGCGCCGCAGUUGUACGACAAUCUGAAACAGCUGAUUCAGGUCGUGGACGACCUUCGGGAUGUGGGCCUCCAACAGUAUAUUGACCUCCCGCGCAUCGUCGCCAUCGGAUCCCAGUCCAGCGGAAAGUCCAGUGUCAUAGGUACCUCGAGCUCGUUACUUACUGUAGAGGUGAUGUCGCCGUUGAAGAUCAUGUGUAGACAGGCGCCGUUCAUGGUCAAAGUCAGGGCAGACCGAGUGACGUUCGGCAUUGAUUUUGCCAAUUUUGUCCGUUUGUUCCGUACGCAGCAAGAUGAAUUUUUGUCAUGAUUUUUGAUCGGGCGCCGGACACUCACUCGCGAACGAACCAUGAGAACAUCAAUUUGUAGUGCUGCUGCCCUUCUUCUGCUUUUGGUUCUCAUCAGAUUACGACAUUUUCAUUUCACAGAGUCGAUUGCGGGCUUCGAUUUUCUCCCGCGGGGCGACGGGCUGUGCACACGACGGCCGUUGGAGCUGCGCAUGAAGCACCUGAACCCGCAGGAUUACCCGGGCGAGACGGCAUACGCAAUUUUCGAGCGCACAAAAAAGAAAUUCACAAACUUCGACCAAGUCAGGGAGGAGAUUGAAAAGGAGACCGACUUGAUUGCAGGUACUUGCUUGCAGUUGCUCUGAUGUGAUGGCAGUGCGCCGGAUGAAUAUAAUUUUAAAGGACGGCUGUGCAGCAUCGACGCGAGCUGGAAUUCUUUCGGAGAUUUUUUACUCGGCGCUGAUUAGAAAUAAGGUUUCUUUAUCUUCUUCUAGAAGGGCAUGCAUGAAGAUUUAGCCUACCUCAACUUUCUUCAGGUAAAAACAAGGCCAUUGUGGAUGAUCCGAUCAAGCUGGAAAUUCACGCGACCAACGCACCCGACUUGACCUUAAUCGAUUUACCUGGUAUCACUCUGGUGCCCAUGAAAGGGUCCGACCAAAACGAGGACAUCGAGAAAAUAACGAAAGACAUGACCAUGAGGUACCUACUCCUACCGCACGCGUUGGUCUUGAGUUGCAGCAGCUACGUGCAUCUAUUUGCAGUUCUACCUCCCUUUAUUUACUACUUGCGGCACCACUCACUACGAAGCGCGAUGCCUAUUGUUUUGAUGUUCUCACCCUCCCACCUUCAUCAACUGGCAACAUAAACAUGACACCAGGUACAUAAGCAAUCAGAAAACCAUCAUUCUCGCCGUGCUUCCUGCAAACCAGGAUGUCGUAAACGCGGACUCGCUUCAGAUGGCUAAGGUCGUUGACCCGCAGGGCCUGCGAACCAUUGGUGUGAUAACGAAGAUUGACAUCAUGGACAGAGGUACCGAUGCUGUCAAGAUGCUGAAAGGCGAGGAAGUGCCACUAAUGCUCGGAUACGUCGGGGUCAAGCUCAGGUCGCAACAAGACAUCGCAAACAAGAAAAAAAUAAAGGUACGCCGUGAUAGAUCAUGGUGCAGCUUUGGCGCUGAGUCUCCCCUUCCUAACCCUAUGUGGAUGUAGGAGGAGAUAUGUAGAUAGAAGUAAAUACUUCUUUUGGUUAUGAAUGCGGGGUGGCCAUUACAGCAUAGCAAAAGCGCGUCGCCAUCUGUAACGGAACAGGCUUGAGGAUUGCCAAUUGAUUUGUACCAAAUGAAACAUUUCAGGCCGCGCUUUCCACCGAAAAGUCCUGGUUCGCGGAGCACCCGCGCUAUUCGCGACUCCCGCCGGGCAUGACUGGGAUUCCCACCCUGAUCGAGAAGCUGACAAAGAUUUUGUUCAAGCACAUUCGGCAUUUUCUCCCCGACAUCAAGUCCGAAAUCCAGCAGCGCAUGCGGACCGUGCAAACGCGGUUGGACGAGCUCGGCGAGGGCGUGCCCCUGGAAGAACGCGAGCAAAUCCAGCUCGUGUGGGGUCUCAUUAACGAUUACGUCGAGUGCUUCAAGUCGACGAUCAGGGGCAGGUACAGUUUUCACAUGCUCUCCACAGUACGUAGAGAUGAGCGUCGUCGUACUUCUUAGAAGUUGUAGUCGAGUACUGCUCUAGCUUUAAUUGUCUCAAAAGCUGAUGCACAGAAGAUCUUCUUUUGUCCCUUAUAGACACACUGAAAGUGAAGCAGGAAAGUCAAACACGACGGAGGACACCACUAUAAAUUCAGAUACGACCGCAAGUUGCACCGGUACAUCACUGCCCUGACGGAGAUAAAUGGCGGCGCGCAGGUUCGGCAGAUUUUCAACGAGUUUCUGAUAGAUUUUCACAUGGAGAGUAUCACGCAGGCCCUGGACGAUCGGGAGAUUGACCGGGCCAUUCGGAUGCACGAGGGGGAUUCGCUGCCUGGGUUCGGGAACAUGGAAAGUUUCGAAUACCUACUCCGCCCGCAUCUUCAGAAGGUCAAGCUUCCCGCCGCCGAGUGCGUGAACGACGUGAGUACGGCACUGGACAACAUCUGCCAAAAGAUCGCGAAGUCGGUCUUUCGCCGGUUUCCCAAACUGGCCGAGACGGUCCUGCAGAAAUCCCAGGAUAUCUGCUACGCGGAAAAACAGAAAGCGCUAGAGGUGGUGGAGAAUCUGGUCAGCGCAGAGAUCAUCUACCGGUUUACGAAUGAUGACGAAUAUCUGGUUGAAUUCGCACACAUGGGCACCAUGUACCAGAACAAGCAGGGCCAGCACGUGGACUUAAACAAUCCGCAGGGACAGCCUCCGCCCCCGCCCGCACCUACGGGGGACCCGAUGGAAGACUCCCGACUACAGGCGGCACACGCAUUCGCCGCGCAAAAGGCGUCAGAUUUCCGCGACGGGGUACUUAUGUGUGGUCUUCAUUUGGUUUGCUUUCAGUCUUGGUGCGCUUAGUGAUGAACAUACAACAUAGUGCUGGCUGAACUCAUCAUGUCAUUGUUCUGUGAGAGUCUGAAACUCCACGCACUCGCAUUUGCAUGCAAUAACCCAAACAAUCGGCACAACCGACAGGUUUCCAAGUUCUUCACGGAUCCAUCAGAGAAGAAGAUGUUCCGAAACGUUGGGAACAACGACGGCAUGACGUACAACCAGUCGCACAUUCAACAUCUUCGAAAGCAGCUAGACUGCUUUUUCUCGCUGAGUAUUCGCAACUGGCGCGAUUCGGUGCCGAAAGCAAUCGGGUAUUAUUCAACAGAGAGGUUUCUUGCGUGAUCCUAGACAAUUUCUUUAUACAUAGAUCAUGGUCAUACAUUCUUGUCUUUAGGUCAGAAAAAGUUUUCCGCCUUCAUUUGUGGCGUUUCCAUCAACCCCAGGUAUUUUUUGGUCCGCGCGCUGGAGGAGAAAAUGCAGUUCGAGCUUUUCGUCGGCCUUACGCAGCAGACCAAGAUGCUCUCCGAGAUGCUCGGCGAGCCACCGCACAUAACGGACGAGCGUCGCAGUCUUGCCGGCCAGCAGAAGACGCUGCAGAAGGCGGCAGACAUUCUGCAAAAAGAUCCCAAGAUUGCACAACUAGCGCUCGAGGGCGGUUUUGCUUCGGCAGACAGCAAACCGACAGCCGAUGUUCCGCGGAGCAGCGGCACCGCCGGUGGUAGCAGACCCGGCUUCGGUAACAUGCCCGGCGCAGGCAUGAUGCCGAAUAACCCCUCGGCACCAAGAAGUAACUUCCCCCCCGCCUCGGGCAGUAACCCUGCCAUGAACAUGAAUCAAGCUGCCCCUCCCAUGAACCCCGCGACCCAGCAGCCUCCGGCGCCGCCCCCCGGUGCGCGGCAGCCCCAAGCCGGUUUUGGCGCACCGAAACGCAACUUGUUCGACGAUGGCCCCGCCCCAGGCGCAAACGCGCGCGGUGGGCGGAAAGAUCCGCUCUUCGGAGACUAAGCGGAAGCAUUCUUCCCCAGGCGACGGCCGACCUCACAUUCUUCAACACCGCGAUCUAUGGUUGUGUUGUGUCAUCGUAUCUACAAGCUGUGUGUGAUUUUUUGAAGGUGGGUACUAACCUAGAAGAUACGAUUGUGAUCAAAUCUCAAAAGCAAAUCCAAGAAUUGCUGCGAACCAGUGUGGAUCGCUAGAAUUUUCCGUUCUGUUACACAAGUCCAGGCUUCGAUGUAUUGGAUAAAGACAAACCGCAAAUUGUCGUUGAACUCCGAUUUCAAGAAUCUUAUCAUCAAGCGCCAAAAGCACGAAAAUUUAAUCCUGGAUGAAGUGGUUUAAUGGAUGUGGAUGCUUAAUGGCAAGCGCCGACCCGGCCAUUGGUGUUCAGACAUGCGAACUCAAAGAAGGGACUGCCCUCGUUGUGUACUGAUAGAUAUGUUUGUCGUUCAGAGAGUCGAAGUUUUGCGGUUGCUGCAGACAUCUCUUUCUGUCGAGGGCGGACGCAAAGAGAGGCACUUGUUCCGAGG